AUGGUGGCAUUGGAAACGCUUCAGUUGUGGCUGUUUCCAUGUACGUACACGUACUUGCCUACGUACUUGAAAGCCUCCCCGAUCCGCUGGCGUCCCCAGGGCUCCACGGAGCGGAAACACUGCACGAUGGGUGCAUGGGAUGGGAUGGGAUGGGGAUGCGGACAAGGCCUGCGAGGUGAAACGUGGGUGAAGGCAGGACGCCAGAUUCGGCCGGUUUCGCGCGCGCCUUUUCCUCGCUUGUACGUACAUAAUACCGUUUCGCUCGUGAUGCGGCGCCACUGCGGCAGACGACGUUCGCGGCGGCGCGGGCGACGAUCAUCACCCCCCUCCCCCCGGGCCGUUGCGAUUGUUCCUUUUUGGACGCGCGCGCGCGCGAGCGCGCUUUCCUUUUAUCGCGGCAAGAUGGGGGGGGAUGUCGUUGCGGCGUGA